AUGAACGCUGCGAAGGCGAACACUGAUGUGACGCAGCACGUUGUACUUCUAGAGAGGCCGGGACGCAGCCCCCAGCCGAGGCGUGGCCGUCUGGUCCUGCAACUCUUCCUCCUCCCAGUUCCCUCACCUCCUGAGAUGUUCUCUGGUGGUCCUGAAAGCACAAAUUGCACAGAGGAACUGGCAAUUGUUUUCGUCUCAACCAAGAGAUGCGUCCAGGACAUCGCCAGACUUCUUUGGCAUCAUAGCUUCGGUGUUGCGGAGAUCCAUGGUGACAAGGACCAACGAGAACGCGAUUUAGCGCUGCGCUCCUUUACCAACAAGGAGAAGAGAGUGAUGGUGGCCACAGAUGUCGCCUCUCGUGGACUUGACAUCAAAGGUGUCAAACUGGUCAUCAACUAUGAUGCCGCCAAUACUCCUGAGGACUAUGUACACCGCAUCGGUCGAACGGGCCGGGCGGGUGAGAAAGGUCUUUCGUACACCUUCCUGGUGAAGGAGGAUCCCCUAGACCUUCGAAAAGCGAAGGCCAUCUUGGAGGUGAUGCAGACGGCAGAGCAGGAGGUUCCCGAGGAGCUCAGGGAACUGGUGGGGGUGAAAGCGUCCAAAGCCUCCAAAGGUGGCAGGGGCAAAGGUGGUGGCAAGGGCGGAAAAAAAGGUGGCUUUAAGGGCGCUUCCAAGAGCAAAGGACCACCUCCUGGCCCUUUAGCAGGCUGUGCGCCCAUAAACGGCGGCCUUAUGGGUGGAUAUGGUGGGGGAGCUCGUUUCUGCACAUUUGGAAGUUUCAUACGUACCAAGCUGCGCCUUGCCGCAGCUGUUACCACUUUUCACCGUGGCGGCCGUGUUUCCGGUGGGCCACGCGUGGCCGAAGCGAUGUCUGAGAAUCGAGCAUUUUCAUCGUUUCAAGUCGAGGAGCCGAGUGGCCUGGAUGGCACCGAUGUCCUGUCUGUCCUGCACGAGGCAACGCCGGUGGGUGAGCGCGCGGACUGCAGCGAAUGGGCCGGCGUUCCCGUGGAGAUGGAAGAAAGUCAUCGUGCGGCCCUUCAGAGCAACAGUGAAGCGAUUUUCAACAUGCUGAACAACGCCUUAGGCGUUUCCCUCUUGGCAGUGAGCUGGGUCUGUAGCAAGAUUGGACUCCUACCAGCGUUGAUGCUAUAUGCUCUCUCCUGCUUUCUGAAUCGUUAUACAUUGCUUCUGGUUUUUCGAUCUUGCCAACUCUCCAAGGUCAAAGUGUCUUAUCCUGAUGUGGCAAGAUUUUGCUUCGGGAGCACUGGUUUUUCAGUGGUGGCGCUGAUCAUGACUUCUCAGUGUUGCAUUACCAGCACUGCAUAUGUCGUCACGGUUGGAGAAGUGCUCUUCGAUGUGGUGCCUUUGUCAAGAAAAGGAGCAACGAUGCUUGGCAUGCUCCUACUUAUGCCCUUCACUUUGAUCAGGUCCCUGAAACGCAUCGCAAUCCUCUCCACACUGGCAACCAUUGCAUGUCUCCUGGAACUGCUGUGCAUCGCUCUGCCGUGCUAUUGGGAUGUCUUGGUGGCUGGAACCAGCUCUGUACAACGCAAGAUGGAAGGUUCUUGCCAGCCGCCACUCACCAAAUGCGACGAGGGCUGCUGUGGAGAACCUAGACCCAUGAUGUGGUUCCACUUGGAUAUGAAGAAUCUCGUUGAGGUGAUUCCAGUGAUAUUACUGGCCUAUGCCACCCAGUCAGCAACUCCCAUCAUUCUUGCAUCUUUGAAAGACGAUUCCUGGGAGAAUGUCCGGAAGAUUACUGGUUUUGUCUCUAUUUGUCUCUAUGUCAUUUCUGCUCUCUUUGGCCAUUCGGUCUACUUGCGCUUCACCGACACAACCACCAACAAUGCUUUGACAACCAUAGGUCAGCGACCGGUGGAUCACACUGCGAGAUGGUCAUUUGGUCUUUAUUUCCUACAUUUUUAUGCUGUUUCCAGUUCGGAACGUGCUGAUGAGCGCCUGCCUGGGGAAGGAUGAACUGCAGCGGGAAGCGCCAUAUGGUGUUUAUCUUAUCAUGACGCUGCUGUUGAACGGCUCUUUGCUAAUGUUGGCCCUAGUUGCAGUAGAACUGGGAGGCCUAUCGCUGUGCUUGAGAUUUGGUGGAGGCUUUUGUGCUACUUUGAUGGCCAUGGUGUUUCCUCCAAUGCUUUUCGUGCGCGUUCGAGCCGAAAGAGGCUGGGACUUUCGUGUGGUUUGUGGUAGCCGAGGAGGACUGUGCGCAAUCUUGGUGAUUGGGGCCUCAGUAUGGAUUUCCAGCAACUUUGCAUUGGGAAGGGAUGUGGCCAAGCGGCUACAGGAAGCGACCGGCAGUUAGAAUAUGAUCCAAAGGAAU